AUGACUCAGAACAGCCAGGCUCCCCCUCUUCGUAUCGAGCUGACCCUCGACUUGUCCACAUUCUUUGACUUCCAGCAGAAGCACCACUCUCACCAACCAUCCAUCUUUAUCAAGGACCUUCCAAAGGCGAAAGAGGCGCUUUAUUCGUCACCUCGCUCAUUCUCUCCCAAUUUCAAGAACGCCUCUUCACGCAUCGCAGACAGCGACAAGGACCUCAAAGCAAACGGUCUCGAAGGUGUCGCCUACGCAGCACAUCUACUACUUAAGCUCAAGACCUCUUCGCCACCACCAGGAGACAAGAUGCCCGCCGGUCACCACUACGACAACGCCCUCCAGACCGAUUCGAGCAUGGUUAAGAAACGCGGCCUUCCCUACGCUCGCGACGACCAGAUGCCUGCGCCGGCUUAUCAGACGCAGUCCGCCGCGACGCUUCACGGUAGCAAUGGGACCUUCUACAUCUCUGGUCCGCGCCCUGCUCGACUCUUCGCCACGCAGAUCCACGAGUUUCGAAAGGGCAAGUACGCUACGACUGGCGGCGACCGCGGCUUCAUGACGGUCUUCGAGUACGACGUUCGCGGCCACACCAUGAUGAUCGACUGCGACACGUCUUUCAUUCGCUUCACUUCCAUCACGCAGGCGCUUGGAAAGAACAAAGUCAACUUUGGUCGCCUCGUCCGCACCUGCCCCGCCCUCGACCCGCACAUCACCAAGCUCAAGGGCGGAUAUCUCAGCAUCCAGGGCACCUGGCUUCCCUACGACCUGGCCAAGGAGCUGUCCCGACGCAUCGCUUGGGAGAUCCGCGACCAUCUCGUUCCUCUGUUUGGCUACGACUUCCCCGCUACCUGCCUGCGCCCGGACUCGGAAGGAUUCGGCCAGCUGGCCAUCGGCAUGACGCAAAAGAGAGCACGCAAGCGCCACAACAAUGGUGGACCUCAUCAGACGUCGUGCUACGGUCCUAGCACGCCCAUCGCUCUCGUCGGUGGUCAAGCGAUCGAGCAGAGAAGCAGCGGCCAUGAGGGCGGCAUGUACGGUCUUUACGCACAAUCCCAAGCAUCGGCCACGAUGCACUACAGCAAGGGAUCCGACGAGCGCUCCAGUCCGUACGGCAACGGUCUCGUCUCUAACGCGCCGAGUGCGCCGAUGUCAUCGAUGGUGUGGCAGACAAGCUCGCCAAUGGGUCUUGGCGCUGGAGGGGCAGCCUCGUCGCUUCCUCCUCUCUACCCACCCAACUUCACUGCGAUGGGCUCUCCAAUCCUGUCAUCGCCACCUUCAUCCAACGCUUCAUCGCUCUCAGCUCAGAGUGCCGCGGCCCACGGGCUGAUGGUGCCGCCCACCGUGCCCUCGGCCACCUUCUCCAACGAACACGGACCCAACGGAAGCGGCAGCAUCUUCGAGAUGCACCCCGCGACGGCGCUGGCCGGCGCCAAAGAGGAGAGUAUGACCGACUCUCGCGGAUACUUUGCGGGUCAGAGCUACGAGACCAACGCGGGCGCCCAGCUCUCGGCGUGGACCGAGUCGACCCGGCCCUCGGCGGCCACUUCUUCGUCGCCCUCCCCUCCUCCCGCCUCGCACGCUUCCUCGUUCCAGUUCGGCUCCUGGCAGCAGUGA